CGGCCGCAGGCCGGAUCGGUGUAGGGAGACGGCGGGACGCAGUGGCAGCGACUCGGACAUCUGAGCUGCCACUACCGGGAACAAACCCGCAAGACAGAUAAUCAAUAUGAAUUUCCAAGACUUUUGGCUAGGUUUGGGUCUUCUAUUCAUCUCAAUUAAUGCAGAAUUCCUGGAUGAUGGUGUUGAGAUGGAAGACUUUGAGGAAAAUUCAGAAGAGACUGAUGUUAAUACAGGUGAACUUUCCUCAGAGAUUAAAUAUAAGACACCUCAACCCAUAGGCGAAGUAUAUUUUGCAGAAACCUUUGAUAGUGGAAAAUUGGCUGGGUGGGUCUUAUCAAAAGCAAAGAAAGAUGAUUCCGAUGCAGAGAUUUCUAUAUAUGAUGGAAGAUGGGAAAUAGAAGAGUUGAAAGAAAACCGGGUACCUGGUGACAGAGGAUUAGUAUUGAAAUCUAGAGCAAAACACCAUGCAAUAUCUGCUAUACUGGCCAAACCCUUCAUUUUUGCUGACAAACCUUUGAUAGUUCAAUAUGAAGUAAAUUUUCAAGAUGGUAUUGAUUGUGGAGGUGCAUACAUUAAACUCCUAGCAGACACUGGGGAUUUGGCUCUGGAAAACUUUUAUGAUAAAACAUCUUAUACCAUUAUGUUUGGACCAGAUAAAUGUGGAGAAGAUUAUAAACUUCAUUUUAUCUUCAGACAUAAACAUCCAAAAACUGGAGUUUUUGAAGAGAAACAUGCCAAACCUCCAGAUGUAGACCUUAAAAAGUUCUUUACAGACAGGAAGACUCAUCUUUAUACCCUUGUGAUGAAUCCAGAUGACACAUUUGAAGUAUUAAUCGACCAAAUACUUGUAAACAAAGGAAGCCUGCUGGAGGAUGUGGUUCCUCCAAUUAACCCCCCCAAAGAAAUUGAUGACCCCAGUGACAAAAAACCUGAUGAGUGGGAUGAAAGAGCAAAAAUACCGGAUCCUUCUGUUGUCAAACCAGAAGACUGGGAUGAAAGUGAACCUGCCCAGAUAGAAGAUUCAAAUGUUUCUAAACCUGAUGGCUGGCUUGAUGAUGAGCCAAAAUUUAUCCCAGAUCCUAAUGCUGAAAAGCCAGAUGACUGGAAUGAAGACAUGGAUGGAGAAUGGGAAGCACCUCACAUUCCUAACCCAGCAUGUCGGAUUGGGUGUGGCGAGUGGAAGCCUCCCAUGAUAGAUAACCCGAAAUACAAAGGCAUAUGGAGACCUCCAUUGAUUGAUAAUCCUAACUACCAGGGAAUCUGGAGUCCUCGAAAAAUUCCUAAUCCGGAUUACUUUGAAGACAAUCAUCCAUUUCUUCUAACUUCUUUCCGUGCCCUUGGUUUAGAGCUUUGGUCUAUGACCUCUGAUAUCUACUUUGACAAUUUUAUUAUCUGUUCAGAAAAAGAAAUAGCAGAUCGCUGGGCUGCAGAUGGUUGGGGAUUGAAAAUAAUGAUAGCAAAUGCUAAUGAGCCUGGUGUAUUUAAACAGUUAAUGGCAGCUGCACAAGAGCGCCCAUGGCUUUGGAUCAUUUAUUUUGUGACAGCAGGGCUGCCCAUAGCAUUAGUUACCUCAUUUUGCUGGCCAAAGAAAGUUAAGAAGAAAUACGAAGAUGCAGACUAUAAAAAGACUGACAUAUGUAAACCACAAACAAAGGGGGCACUGGAACAAGAUGUGAAGGAGCCAGAAGUGCCAGAAGAGAAAGCGGCCCUGGAGAAACCAGAAGACGCGGAAGAGGAAAAAAAACCAAGUGACGGUGAAGUUCUCGAAAAAGAAGAGGAAGGUGAACCUGAGGAGAAGAGUGAAGAAGAAGUGGAAACCGUGGAAGGGCAAGAAGAAGGUAACAAGUCACACAAGUCCGGCUCCGAGGACGAGAUGAAAGAAGCAGAUGAGAGCACAGGAUCUGGAGAUGGGCCAGUGAAGUCAGUCCGCAAAAGAAGAGUACGAAAGGACUAGCACUGGCCGGCGUCCUUCACUCCCAAGAGAGAGUGGGCCUUCGGCAAUCAGUGUGCCACGAUGGACUCGCACUAAUGUGUGCACCCUCUUCUAAUAUCCAGCAAUGUUAUUCUUUGAGAUAUUUAUUUUAAUCUUUCUUUUCAGGGGGAAAAAACAUGACAGUAGUAACUUUUAAGUUACCUGGUCUUUGAAUUUAGAAUAAAAGCAGCAUGUUACAUUCCAGAGAGUAAAAGUCAUUAGUAGUUAAUAGUUUUAGUAGUUUGGAGAUAGUUUUAGUUUUUACACAGCAAAAUAAUAUGCAGCAGUUUUACUGCUAUUGAAAACAUCAGCUAUUAGAAUUUCCACUGAAAUGGUUAUAGCACAAUACAACUGGUCAUUCUAUAAUUAUUUUUAAAAACAGCAUAUUCUGUUGUACAGAGCUAAAUGCAAUAAACUUUUUUGUAUGGUUGUGUGAUUCCGUCAACAAUUGGAGUUGAUGUAAGUGACCACAUUUCCUUAGUUUGUGUCAAAUUAUAGUUAUGAUCAGUUCACUUGAAUUAUAGAUAGCUUUGAAGAAGGGCUUUGUUGACAGGUGAACCAAACAGACCGUUAAGUGUCAUUCAUUAAAUCACUGGAGAAUAUUGCAGCAAAUCUGACAUUUGAAUACAGAAACAAUAGAUUUUUCAAAACAAAAUAGUGUACAGGUUUUCUUCCUGAAGCUUUUAUAGAGUGUUUUACCUGAGUCACAAAAUUGCUUAUGAGGACAUUUCUCUUGAAAAGUACAAUUUCAAAUAUUUUCUUCUUUCAAUUAUACCUUCUUUAAAACAAAGAUUGUUAUUGAAGAGCCUUGAAGUUCUUUAUUCUUAAGAGAGUCUCAUGGCUGAUGCCAGUUCCUCAUGCUUUGUAUUUUCAUCCUGCUUUUUCCCUGACAAAUUCACAUAUAUUUUCAGUCUGCUACCCGGCUUCAGAGCACCCUCUGGGGGGGAUAGGAUCAACCCUGUCUAUUGCCUCUUUUGAAAGCAGUUACCAAAAGCCAUUGAACUACAUUAUCAUGAUGCUGUGUUACUCCAUUUAAAAUACUUAGGGAUUUUUGUGCCUGAGAAACAGGCAUAGACCCUUUGGAAGAGAUCUGCAAUCUUUGAAAGGACAGAACUACUUCACUACUAAGUACCUAGAGAACAUUAUAGUGGUUCAGUCAGAGUUGAGAUUUCUUCAUGAACAUACAUACUUCAUGCUUGGGCAAGCCCUAUUCAAGUUCCAGACAACCUCCAGUAUAUACAUUUAGAAUUCACAUAUAAGGAAAAUCUGCUUUUACUAAAGAAAGCCAGGCAUAGCCAAUGAUAUUAUUUGCUUCUUAUCUCAGAGAGUAGAACUGAAAAUAUAAGUGCUUUACUCCACUGCUGUGUUCUGUACUUCAAUAAAUUGGUGGUGGAUAAUCUUAAUACAUAAUUAACCAUCCUUUGUAUUUUCUUAAAUAUUAACUGAACACGUCUUGCAAGGACUCCCUUUCUUGCUUUGCAUUUGGAAGUCCAAAGAAACUGGACAUUGAAUUAUAGUAGAUAAGAUAGUUAUGAAAGUAAAGUGCUACUUCAGGAGAUAGAUCUCUUCUUGAUUUUGUGCAAACUAUCUUGCCAGCUGUCUGUAUGUGAACCUCUUUCCUAAACAUUAAUUAAAGCUACUUUUACUUUCUUGGUUGUAGAUUAAUUUUAAAAUUUGAUUAAACUCCAUGAGCUUGCAGUGAUAUAAUUUGAGCAACCAAAAUAUUUGCAAAAACCCUCAAUGUUGCCAAGUUGCUGCUGACUCCUGCACAUGUACCUUGUGGAUGGACCACAGCUAAUCAGCUGAACCAAAAGUUAAAUUCUCACAAAUAACAUAUAUUAGAUGUGUGCAGUAGAUAGAACAGUCUCUUCGUCACCAGGUGGCUUUUUACUUUUACUACGUUAGUCUGACUUUAUUGUUUAAAAUGACUUAAAUUGUAUUGUUUUCUCAAAUAAAG